AUGUAUUUCCUGAGCGGCUGGCCCAAGCGGCUGCUCUGCCCGCCGGGGCGCCCGGCCGAGGCGCCGCUCCACGUCCAGGCCGAUCCCCAGAGGGCUUUCUUCGCCGUGCUGGCCCCGGCUCGCCUCAGCAUCUGGUACAGCCGACCUAGUGUGUUAAUCGUAACGUACAAGGAACCUGCAAAAUCAUCUGCUCAGUUUGGAUCCUAUAAACAAGCUGAAUGGAGGCCAGAUAGUACCAUGAUAGCUGUGUCAACGGCAAAUGGCUACAUCUUGUUUUUUCACAUUAUAUCUACCAGAGGGGACAAGUACCUUUAUGAACCUGUGUAUCCCAAAGGAAGUCCACAAACGAAGGGAACACCCCAUUUUAAGGAAGAACAGUGUGCUCCAGCAUUAAAUUUAGAGAUGAAGAAAAUAUUGGACUUGCAAGCACCUAUCAUGAGUUUGCAGUCUGUGCUGGAAGAUCUCCUGGUUGCUACUUCUGAUGGACUUCUUCAUCUUAUUCACUGGGAAGGCAUGACAAAUGGAAGGAAAGCCAUUAAUCUUUGCACAGUACCCUUUUCAGUAGAUCUGCAGUCAUCUAGAGCAGGUUCGUUCCUGGGCUUUGCAGAUGUGUACAUCAGAGACAUGGAAUACUGUGCCACACUGGAUGGCUUUGCCAUUGUGUUUAAUGAUGGCAGAGUGGGAUUUAUUACACCGGUGUCAAGUCGACUCACGGCAGAGCAGCUUCAUGGAGUUUGGCCCCAAGAUGUUGUUGAUGGAACUUGCGUAGCAGUAAAUAACAAGUAUCGACUAAUGGCAUUUGGCUGUGCAAGUGGUUCUGUGCAGGUUUACACAGUAGAUAACACCACUGGCGCCAUGCAGCUAUCUCAUAAACUAGAGCUGACAGCAAAACAGUAUCCUGACAUUUGGAACAAAACCGGAGCUGUUAAAAUGAUCAAGUGGUCUCCUGACAACAGCGUUGUGAUAGUGACCUGGGAGUGUGGAGGCCUUUCUUUAUGGAGUGUGUUUGGAGCCCAGCUGAUUUGUACACUUGGAGGAGAUUUUGCUUAUAGGUCUGAUGGUACCAAAAAAGAGCCCCUUAAGAUCAAUUCUAUGAGCUGGGGUGCAGAAGGCUACCACCUGUGGGUAGUCAGUGGAUUUGGUUCUCAGAAUAUUGAAACUGAGUCUGACCUCAAGAGCAUAGUUAAACAGCCUGGCAUUCUGCUAUUUCAGUUUAUCAAGAGUGUACUCACCGUAAACCCUUGUAUGAGUAACCAAGAGCAAGUGUUGCUACAGGGGGAGGAUCGCUUGUACUUGAACUGUGGGGAGGCCUCCCAAGCCCAGACUCUCCGGAGUUCUUCGGCCCACUCCGAGCAUAAGCCCGGGCGGGCAAAGAGCCCAUUUGUCGAUGGAGGUUUCAAGUCUCAGGGUUUAAGCACUUUACUUGGCCAUCGGCACUGGCAUGUUGUACAGAUUUCCAGCACCUAUCUAGAGAGCAAUUGGCCUAUACGGGAACAGAAUAUGAUUGUGACAGGUGGCUUAGCCUGGUGGAAUGAUUUCAUUGUCCUUGCAUGUUAUAACAUAAGUGACCAUCAAGAAGAGCUCAGAGUAUACUUGCGGACAUCUAAUCUGGACAAUGCAUUUGCGCACGUCACCAAAGCACAAGCAGAAACAUUACUGCUGAGUGUCUUCCGGGACAUGGUGAUAGUAUUUCGAGCAGACUGUUCAAUAUGCCUCUACAGUAUUGAAAGGAAGUCCGAUGGUCCAAAUACCACUGCCAGUAUUCAAGUUCUUCAGGAGGUCUCCAUGUCACGCUACAUUCCUCAUCCUUUCCUGGUAGUGUCUGUCACUCUGACAUCAGUGAGCACAGAGAACGGAAUCACCUUGAAAGUGCCACAGCAGGCUCGGGACGCAGAGAGCAUUAUGCUCAAUCUCGCAGGACAGCUCAUCAUGAUGCAGAGGGACAGGUCCGGCCCCCAAAUCCGCGAGAAGGAGAGCAACCCCAGUCAGAGGAAACUUCUGCCCUUCUGCCCCCCUGUUGUCCUGGCCCAGUCUGUGGAGAACGUCUGGACUACCUGUCGAGCAAAUAAGCAAAAGCGCCACCUGCUGGAGGCCCUGUGGCUGAGCUGUGGCGGCGCAGGCAUGAAGGUCUGGCUUCCGCUCUUCCCUCGGGAUCACCGCAAGCCCCAUUCUUUCCUGUCCCAGCGGAUUAUGCUGCCUUUCCACAUCAACAUUUACCCCCUGGCUGUUCUGUUUGAAGAUGCGUUGGUCCUCGGUGCUGUCAAUGACACUUUGCUCUACGACUCUUUGUGCGCUCGGAGCAAUGCUCGGGAGCAGCUGGAAGGGCUGUUCCCCUUCUGCGUUGUGGAGAGAACCUCGCAGAUCUACCUCCACCACAUUCUGCGCCAGCUGCUGGUCAGGAACCUCGGGGAGCAGGCCCUGCUGCUGGCGCAGUCCUGCGCCACGCUCCCUUACUUCCCUCACGUGCUGGAGCUCAUGCUGCAUGAAGUGCUGGAGGAAGAAGCUACCUCACGGGAGCCCAUUCCCGACCCUCUGCUGCCCACGGUGGCCAAGUUCAUCACCGAGUUCCCCCUCUUCCUGCAGACAGUCGUCCACUGUGCCAGGAAGACUGAGUAUGCCCUGUGGAACUACCUUUUUGCAGCCGUUGGAAACCCUAAGGACUUGUUUGAGGAAUGUUUGAUGGCUCAGGAUUUGGACACAGCUGCCUCUUACCUUAUUAUCUUACAGAAUAUGGAAGUCCCGGCCGUAAGUAGGCAACACGCCACCCUACUGUUCAACACGGCACUGGAAGAAGGCAAGUGGGACCUCUGCCGACACAUGAUUCGGUUUCUUAAGGCCAUUGGCUCUGGAGAAUCGGAGACCCCUCCGUCCACACCCACAGCUCAGGAACCCAGUUCAAGUGGUGGAUUUGAGUUCUUCCGGAAUCGAAGCAUCAGUUUAUCCCAGUCAGCUGAGACUGUUCCUGCAAGUAAAUUCAGCUUACAGAAAACACUAAGUAUGCCAACUGGCCCUUCCGGUAAAAGAUGGAGCAGAGACAGCGACUGUGCUGAGAACAUGUACAUCGAUAUGAUGCUCUGGAGACAUGCUCGGCGCCUCCUGGAAGAAGUGCGGCUCAAGGACCUCGGCUGCUUUGCCGCCCAGCUGGGCUUUGAGCUGAUUAGUUGGCUGUGCAAGGAACGGACGCGGGCUGCCCGGGUGGACAACUUCGUCACAGCCCUGAAGAGGCUCCACAAAGAUUUCCUGUGGCCACUGCCCGUCAUCCCCACCUCCUCCAUCAGCUCUCCCUUCAGGAACGGAAAGUACCGACCAGGAGAGCAGCUAUUAAAGUCGCAGUCAGCUGGUCCUUUUUUAAACCUUGAGAUGGAGGCUGGCAUCUCUGACGUCCAGCGAAGUCAGAGCUGGCUUGGCAGCCUCGGCCCCACCCAUCAGGAGAUCGACUCGGCCUCGUCCCAUGGAGCACAAACGCAAGACGCCUUCCUGUCUCCUCUGUUUAAUAAAGGUGAUGAAUGCAGUAUUGGGUCAGCCACAGACUUGACUGAGAGCAGCUCCAUGCUGGAUGGGGACUGGACGAUGGUGGACGAGAAUUUCUCCACGCUCAGUCUGACCCAGUCAGAGCUGGAGCACAUCUCCCUGGAGCUAGCCAGUAAAGGGCCUCACAAGUCACAGGUCCAGCUUCGGUAUUUGCUGCACAUCUUCAUGGAGGCCGGGUGUCUGGACUGGUGCAUUGUCAUAGGCCUGAUUCUUAGAGAACCCUCAAUCAUCAACCAGACUUUGGUGGUUAUACAGUCAUCAGAGGUGGAUGGAGAGAUGUUACAGAACAUAAAGACAGGGCUGCAUGCUGUGGACAGAUGGGCCUCCUCAGACUGUCCUGGAUAUAAGCCAUUUUUAAACAUCAUUAAGCCACAACUGCAGAAGCUCAGUGAGAUGACAGAAGAGCAGGUCCAGCCUGAAGCCUUCCAGCCGGUCUCGGUGGGUAAGACCCCAGAGCAGAUGAGCCCGCGGGCAGAAGAGAGCAGGGGCGCCUCAGGCCACAGUAUCGUGCCCCUGGCGGAGGUCGGGGGCAGCACAGCCAGCCGGAAGGAGGAGGCCACCGCCCGAGCCCAGGAGGAGGAGCCUUUCCAGGAUGGGACUUACGACUGUUCCGUGUCCUGACGGCAGGGGGUGCCCGCGCUGUGGGCGGUGUUCGGUAGCAGCGGUCUGCGCCCAAGGACACUGUGACCUCAUGGGUGGCUUAAAGGGGAGAGGACUCCGCUCCGAGACUUUGCUUAGGGAUUACUAAAUUUUAACUAUUUGUCCUCCACGAAAUCUAUUUGACUCCACAAAAAUGUGAUCUCAAAUAAGUCAACUUUCAUAAAAGAUUUUUUUAAGCUGCAGUGGAAAGCAGUAAUAUUGUACAGAUGUACAUGAGAAUAUUUUGGUUUUAUUCUUAAAAGACUGGUAGCCCCGAGACCACCGGGGUCACGUAGGCCCAUAUGAGCUUACUUUUUCCUACUUCAGCCUCUUGCCCGAUUUCUGGUGUGUCCAGACUGCUUUUUUUAAUAAAUGCUAAGGUGCUCAUUGUGGCUCAUCAGUGACGUGAGCAACCUGUCUGCUCCCGUGGACAGCACUGGACUCCCCAACUGGUCCUCCUGGCUAGAGGCCCGCCCUGGUACGCUGUGUGCCGGCGUGGCGGGGACCUGCUGCGCAGCCUCUGCCUGUUAAACCCCAGCGCCGGACCCACGGCAGCCCUCCAGCUGGGGGCUUACGUGCCUGUCUGGCAAGCUCCACCACUGCUAGAUCUAUGUGGGCAGGGGUCUCCGAGCGGUUCUUUCUGGUUAUGCUGAUACCACUAGGCUCUUUUGUAUCAAAGAAGGCUAUCUUCAUGUGAAUAUGCCUGUGUAAAUACACUCAAAGCUCUGCUCAUAUUUGUAGGGCUUGUAUUAUAAUUUGUAAGGGUUUACGCUGGCUUCUGCAUGGCUAUAGAUACUCUUGGAAUAACGACCGGGCUUGCUCUUCUUUCUGAGUCUGAACUGUCUUCAUAAAGGAGCACAGACUUAUUGGCUUGGCUGUAAAGUAAUAGAAAUGGUCACACCGAUCAUGAAAAGAAACAGGUUUUGUGCAAAUUAAUGUAGUUUCUUAUUUAUUGCUUUUGUAAAUUGAAUAAAAAAUGGACUUUUAUGUAAAUAGGCUGCUAAAUCCUGUAUUAUCACGGCUACUAAAAAUUAGUAUGUAAACAAAGUGUUCUUCAUUGUAACUUUUAAACUAUUUUAUGUUAUUUCUAGAUAUGACUUAAAUUUUAGUUUUCAUACAUUAUGGAAACGUAACUGCAUAUUCCUUAAUUGCUUCAGACUGAGCUUACGUAUCCGCUGUAUGUAACUCUUGAUUACCUUACAACAGUAUUAAUUUAGUUUGUACUGUGCAAUUUGAACAAAGGAAUGCAAUGUUAUUUUUUACAAAAACAGACUUAUUUUUAUAACGAUGUAUUUGAUGUGGACCAAAUUCGUACCACUAUGUAAAACAGCCUCUUUCCUCCUAGUGCAAUUACAGUUUAGAAGUAAAACGUGGGCCUCUGUCCUUGCUUUUGAAAAGUACCGUAAAUGCCUAGAUUCCGUUUUCAAGCCAGGUUUCUUUUGCAGGGAAACUCAAAACCAUUUUGAAAUCUUUAGUUAAAACUUCAUCAAACUGUAUUUAGAAUUGAGUAUGGUAAUUUUCUAUCGUUUUACUUUUUACAAGUGCAAUAACUUCACAUAAUAAAAGUCCUGAGUGGGUGGAAUAUGUGAUUGUUGGUACCUGGUCCUUCUGGUGCUACUUUUAAAGUCUGUUUCCAAACCACCUUUUCCUGAAUCUUUAAGAUAGAAAAUCAUGCUCCCCAUGUGAGCACAUGCAGCCCAGCAAAAACUAGCUGAAACUUCUCCUCCUGUCCUGGUCCAUUAAGGAGAAGAACCAGCCUAACUUUUGUGUUUGCUGUGAAUAUUCAGUCAAUAAAAAUUAUUCCCAUUGCACACAGUUGUGAUUUUUUUCAGAUAAUCCUAAAUAAAGUACUACGCUGCUAGGCUCGUCGAUGUUCUCGAAAGCAGGGCCCCAGUAAAAUAACAACUACGUACCUAUGGUUUAGGCCGUGAAUGAAUCUUUCUAUAAAACAUGUUUUUCAACUAAUAGAAGUAGGUGGCCUCACAGAGAAAAAUAUGGCAAGGAAGGUUACAGAAAAGUCUUCUUCUCUGAUUAUCUGUUACAUAAUUUUUUUUAACUUCUAUUUUCACUUUGCCUUGUUUGGUUCGCAUAUCAACUGUUAAAGCAAGCCAUAUUUUAACCUGUUUACUAAGUACAUUUAAAUUAUCUGCUGAUACCAAAACAAGAAGUCAUUUGGGGGUACAUUCAACUUUUGCAUGUAAUUGAAGUUGCUGCUACUUCUGUGAUGGGUUUUUUUUUCUUGGUACAUAUAUAUGUAAGGGAAAUAAAACCAUGACAUGGUUUCGUUUAUUCAUCAUCUCAGAGUUGUCACUAAAAAGUCUAUGUAUCAAAAACCAUGAAGAUAUUCUUUUCAUUUUAUAAACCCACCUCUUAGAAUUUUCCUUAUAAAAUAGCUAGAAAUUGAGACAGAUUUGGUUUAAAUUUUUAUUUACAUGCGGAAUUAUUUAGGAUAGGAGCAUCAAGAGCUGACUGCUUCUUAAAUGCCUGACAGAAGAAAACUAGGACAAGCAAACAAUAUUCAUACAGUAAAAUUGUAAAGCACUGUUGAUGGCAUGGAAAACACUGAAAAUAUAAUGAAAAAUGACAGAAAGUUACGUGUGCUAUAUGAGCUCCACCGUGCAGACAGGCGUUUAUAGACAAGGGGAGAGGAGACCAGAUGGCAUCUCUAAGAGGGGAUUAAAGGGGACUGGGCUUUUUCAUAUUUUCCUAUGUUGCCCAAAGUACACUCUGCAAUGAACCUACAUUCUUUCGUAAUGAGAAAACCCAUCAAGGAACACCUUCUAAAGCACUAUGACUUGGCCACGGAGAACUCCAAGCUUUUACAUACUACGCUCCUGUUACCAAGAGAGACAGGCUCUUUGCUCAGUUCAACUCCAGAUGUUCCAGCGAAUGAGCUGCCUGAGCCAGCUUAGGGCUGGGCCCAUCCCUGUCACAGUCAGCUGGGACCAGCAAGCAGGGUCACGCUGUCAACAUGCAGGUGCUCCUUGGUGGCCAGGUUAUGGGGUGAGGAGAAGCAAUUCCUACAGGAGUGGUGGGCACAGGGCACCACACAAUCCAUUGCCACCACACACAUUCCUAUAGUCCCUGGCUAAUGGUCCUGACACAACACUGUGGUUCCUGGAAACCUCAUGUUCUUCAACACUCUUCUUGAAGCAAGGCAAAACAAAGUGUGCUCCUCAUAAAGAGAGUUUUAAGUGAGAUUACUUCAUAUGCCACAAAAUCUACUCUUUUAAAAGAGUAGGAUUCAGUGGUUAAUACAAUCCACAAUGUUGUAAUUCCAGAACAUUUUCACCUCCUAAGCAGAAACCCCAUACCCAUUAGUAGUCA